CCAUCUGUUGGCCAGCUAACGCCAGUGUUGCUUUGGCACGUGAUUUAAAGCUCAGACAUUUGGCGCGGUUAUUUCAUUGACCUGUUGACAAGUCGUUGUAAACAAUGGACGCCACAGAGAUCAAAACUUUGGCUUUGAAAAUUGGAAUUUCAUCAAAAGAUGUAAUCAGAAAAGCCGAGGAGUUGCUGAGACUAUGUGAAGUUCGGUGUGUGUCUGCAACGGCCCUUGGCCUAAACAGCACCUGCAAAGCAGUCAUGUGCAUUGAACUAGCAGCGACGUCAAUGGACCAACCAAUAGACAAAAAUGCCAUUAUCAGGAGUGCUGGAGUAACAAGGAAAGUCUACACAACGCUGUACAAGACGUUGGAGAACCUCCUUGAGAUGAAACAAGAUGUCAGUGUCAGAGACCUAGCUGUGCAGUUUGGCUGCCUGCCUGCUGUGAAUCCAGCACUGGAGAUCCUUGCAAGGUACAGGAAAGAAUUUGAGGGGAAAAUGACAGAGUCAGCGAGAGAGGAUGUCAACUUCAGCGGUCCGUUAUUCACGACAGGCAGCCUAUACACAGCAUGCAGACAUCUGAAAAUCAAGGCGGAGAAGAGUAAAUUCCUGUCAGUGGCCGGUGCGAGGCGAUCCACAUUCGACAGACUCUGCUCAGAGCUCGCAAAACAUGCAACGGCAGUCAUAGGUGACAGAAAGACAGGCAAAUCUAAGAGACAAGGCCAUUGGUUGGAUGAUCUGGAACGAUCAUUUGAAGAAGAGUGUAGCCCACCAAAGAGGCAGCAAACGGCAAAGAGCAUUUCCAACGGCAACAGUGACUACGAGGAGUGGAAGAGAAGAAUUCUUGAAGGAACGAAGACAGACGCGAAGUCAUGACAGCAGGAGGGAUUAGUUUAAAAAAACUCUCAGGGUUUAGCCACUUCAGUUAUGUGCUACGGGAAUUUAUUAACCCUAAAACCUUCCCAAAUCCCCAAAAAUCCUCUUUGCCAAUUAAAUGGAGGAUUUUGCAUGAUUUAGCAGGAUUGAAGAUACAUGGCAAAAGUGUGUUGCCGAUUUCGGAGGAUGCAAUGUGUCAAGGUUUUGGGCCAGACCUUGUGUUGUAUAUGCUCAGCCGUGCAUACAUUUAGGUCCGAAUUAUGUUUGAAAUCGUCUGUACUGCUCCAGGAUGUCACUGGCUCUGCCUCAACAUAUCUACAGUGAUUGCUGGAGGAUUUUGCAGGAUUGGGGCAGUGGUCACCCCUCCAAGGACCACAUUAAAAAAAUAACGGGGGAUUUUGCAGGAUAUAGGCUUUAUGUUAUUUUUACAUGGAGGCAGUUGGAGGACUUUGCAGAAUUGAGGUUACAUCCUAGCAAAAUGCCUAGGGAGUUGGGGUUAAAAUUUGGGAAAGAAAUGUGUUGGUGGUGUACAAUUCGUUUGGCAAAUGUAUUUGUUAAGCACAGAGGGCUUCUUUGGAACUCGGCUGAGAACAGAAUUGUGCAAAAGACUUGCCAGGCAAACAAAAAAUAUUAACCAAAUUUCAUGCAAAGUAUUGCUAUUUUUACUGCUUCUUCACUGAUUUUGCUGAGAUUUAAAUGUGCUUUGCCCUUCAUUGAAACUGGCCAUGCUUUAGUAAGCACGUUGUAAAAUUAAGCCUUGACCAUUUUUGCCAAAUCAGCGGUGACUUUGCAAUAAUGAUUUCAGAUGAGAAAGUGACACUGUUGAAUUCUUUGGAAGAAAGUUAAUACACUUCAGUUUAUUCUGUGAGAAGUACUGAAUUAUUGUCUACACAAGAAUUUGUUUAUAUAGUAAGUACUCUUGAUGGGCUGACAUUUUUUGUGUUUGUUUUGAUGGUUUAACUUUAUAACCAGCAGUUGUUAUGCUUGAAUCAGUUGUUAUGCAUUUAAUAAAAUUGUACUUAAAUCAAGAAUGUUGCCUUAUAUUAAAGUUAACAAAAUGUGGUAAAUAUGUUGGUACAUGUAUCUUCAAAAUAACUUUUUUCAACUUGUCCCUUUUUUAAUGAUGAACUCAAUUAAAAUAUGUUUUUGCUUUGUUUACAGUGAU